CUCGGUAUAAUAGUUUAUCUCUUUUCCUGUUAUUACUCUAACUUACAACUUUCUUGUAACUCAAUCCAAGAUUCAAAGCUUUUAUCGCGAUAUAUCCUGUCUCAUCUAGACCUGUGGUCGCAAUGUCAAGUGUAGUAACCUGGCAACACUUACCACCAGAACUUCGGCAGAAGUGGCCGUCCUGGGCUUCGAUUGACAUUGUUUCUAUUUGGAAGCUGAAAUAUGAAGAUACAGAAUUCGAUAUCCUCAUCGAUAGCUUUAUUUCCAACGCGAUAUACUGGACAGAGAGAGAUAUCAUCUUUUUCUGCUCCGUCAUUUACAAGCUCACACGCCGCCAGCUUCGCGAGGGGCCAUCACGACACUUCGUUGCUAGAAGUAAAGGUCCCGUCCGUGUUCGUGACUGGAUCAUCUUGAAGCUAUUCGGCCCAGUAAGAGGCUUAGAAUUCGUGGGCACUCGCCGUGCUGCGUUCAGAGGAUGGCAUAACAUGGAAUCGCUUGAUCAAUUAGACAAGCCUCCCACUUCGUGCGCAUGGGACAGUUUACCCCCAGUGGCUCGUGUACUAGACUUGAUAAAGUGUAGUACACGAACCUAUGUCGCGAAGCGAUGGCACCUAGAACGUCGUCGUGCCGGGAAUGUCGACAUUUUCGAUCGUUUUAUGGCCAAUGCGAAGAGGUGGACAAAGGCUGAAGUUGAGUUCUUCGGCAGAGUCCUUCCAGACCUGGUCAUCGAUGACCAGUCCCUCUCCCCAAACGAUCAUCGAGUUUCUAGUAUGGCUGGGCCGCGACGUAUUCGCGAUUUCAUUCUUCUCAAUCCAUACGGUAUUCCCGCGGCCCUAGCAGUCGUUCAAAAUCUGGUUCAAUUUAACGGAUGGGACCAUAUGGACGAGUUUCUGAAGCCUUCACCGGUCAAUCUCUUGGCCAGUGCCGACGAUGCUAGUCUCGCUACAUCUGCUGUUAUGGUUGAGAGUAAUACACCAAACAGCUGAUGGAAAGAGCCAUUAAUCAAGUGGAUACAUACAACUAGUCAAUCAGACAGACAGUUAGAACAGAACAACAACAACCAGAUGAAUUACACGUCCAUUUGUUCCAUUUGUUUAUCGUAAGCGGGUGUGGUCUCUAACAACAGCGCCAUCAUUAUCAUAGAUCAAAACAAGCAUGUUGGCGAUAGCGACGAGUCUAUGGUUGAUAACAAUGAACCUAGCGGUGAUGGUGACGAACUCGCGACCGACAACACCGAGCUCAAUGGCGACGGCGAUGAGUCUAUGGCUGAGAAUAUUCUACUGAGGCAAUGUAGCGAUCAGAAGGAGAUACAUGAAAUUUUGGUUGACUAGAUCGCGAAGAACCAUGCCACAGAUAAUGGGAGCACACGUACGGCUAGCGAAAUCGACACUAUCGCCUGUGACUGUGUUCAGAAAGAAAUUUUUAGGUAGACGCGGGUAGACACGCCCAGCAGAUAUCUUCAGGUGAGGUAGCGAGAGUCGAAGAUGCAAUGCGUAAAGUCAAAGACAAUUACGUCACUAACGCAUGUCAGCC